UAUCGUGGCGUUAUUUGUCGUUUUCCUCGCUUAUGGGGCUGGAAAUGGACCCCUUGCUCCACGCCUUGAGUUAUUUCAGGCGGAGGAAAUUCCAACUCUGUUCGGAUCUGUGUUCCCAGGUGCUGGAAAAGGAGCCUGGCGAUCAGGUAAUGAGAGACAGGGCAGGAGCUGGACGCGUGGAUGUGAUGUUUGCGAGCUACACCCAUUUAUUUGCCCAGGUAUAUUCCCGCUUGGAUCAGCCUCUGACAGCUUUAAAUGUUUUCAAACAAGGGUUAGAACGAUUUCCUGGAGAAGUUUCCCUCCUUUGUGGUAUGGCCAGGAUUCAUGAGGAAAUGAACAACAUUUCUACAGCUGCAGAAUGCUAUAAAGAUGUCUUAAAACAAGAUAAUACCCAUGUGGAAGCCAUUGCAUGCAUUGCAAGUAAUCAUUUUUACUCUGACCAGCCAGAGAUAGCUUUACGUUUUUAUAGGCGGCUCCUGCAGAUGGGCAUUUAUAACAGCCAACUCUUUAACAAUCUAGGCCUCUGCUGUUUCUAUGCCCAGCAAUAUGACAUGAUUCUCAGUUCAUUUGAACGUGCACUAUCUCUAGCAGAAAGCGAGGAACAAGCUGCAGAUGUGUGGUACAACUUGGGACAUGUAGCUGUGGGAAUAGGUGAUAGAAACUUGGCUCAUCAAUGUUUCAAAUUGACUUUGGCUAACAACAAUGACCAUGCAGAAUCCUAUAAUAACUUGGCUGUGUUGGAAAUGCAAAAAGGUCAUAUUGAGCAGGCAAGAGUGUUUCUGCAGACGGCUUCAUCAAUAGCACCUCAUAUGUAUGAGCCACAUUUCAAUUUUGCUGUCUUGUCUGAAAAGGUUGGAGAUCUCCAAAGAAGCUAUAUAGAAGCUCAGAAGUCCAAAGAAAUUUUUCCAGAGCAUGUCGACUCUCAGCAACUUAUUAAUCAGUUAAAACAGCACUUUGCCAGACUGUGAUGUACUUCCCACCAAAAAAAAUUUUUUUUUCUUCAAAACUGCAGUCUUGUGCAAAAUUACAAAGAAUUCUCAGAACACUUUUACAUUUAUAUGCUGAUAAUUUUAUUUAAACUGGUUGCAAACUGAAGAUUGUUAUUCUCUUAGCUGCUUUAGUAGAAUCUUAUCUUUUUAAAAAAGAAUUCCUGACUAGUAGCAGCAUUCAUUUUAGGUAUGUUAAGUGAAGCAAGGCAAAUUUUAGUUUAUCUCAUAAUGAGUAAUGGGAGUAUUUCCAUACAGGAAACUGCUUAAAAAUGUACCCUUAUUGAUUCAUUCCUUUUUCAAGGAAGGAUGUAUUUCUUUAUUUAAUGCUUAAUUGUAGUGGUUUUAUCUGGUUACAGUAAGCAAAUGAAAAAUGAAGAAUUGUUUAACUUUUUGUUGCACCAGAGCAAGUUUAGACUAACUUUUAUUUAGGAAGAUCACAGAUUAUUAUGUGAAAAGCACAAGUGUUAGUGUUGAUGAAUUAAGGAAUGUAUAUGUAUACCUGUACUCAAAAUCUGGUAUGUGCUGUCUCCAGGUGUCAAUUCAUGGCAGUCUUUGCUCAUGAUUUUGGGAUCUAAUGAAGGCUCUAUACCAAAAGGAACGAUUGGUAUUUGCAAACAAGAGCCUGUUUCUUUCGCUGUCUAAGUGGGUAUUAAUGGGGCAGUAGAAACAGAAAUAGAGCUAUGGUUGUAUCUGUAGCUUCAAAGCAGUGAAACAAAUCUGAAUAUCUGAUUCCAAUGGAAUAGGUCGUCUUGAGAAGGAAAGGCAAAAGCAGAGGCUAUGAAAUAUUUUUCCUCCUUAGUUUUCCUUCAUUUCUGAAUCCAAAUUGAAUUCUGGACAUUUGUAUUGAGAGUUUUG